UUUAUCCAGCUGAAAUAUCACUGGAGCUAUCAUCCAAAAACGCCAUUCCAUAGCUAAUUUAGGAAUAUUUAGUGAAGCAUUACGCAUAUGCUUGGCAACAAAUUGCUCAUAUCUUUCUACAGCCUAUGAGGUUUCGAGCUUUUAUUUUGAAAGUCCUUUCUAACGGCUCAGGAAGUAGCUUUAUUUUGUAAACUGCAUGUUGUAUAUACUUUGUUUCCAUCCAUUAAAUGUGUUAAAGACGCGUUACAACCGAGUACACAGCAAAAUAUGUUGAUAUGAAAUAAACUACAGACCGUGAAACAUGCAGUGGGUCAAAAUAUGCAGACAGUCACUUUCAAGCACUGUGAACACGACUUUGACAGUGGCACUGUCUAGACCAUUGUUCCAAUUCACAAUGACUAAGCACUAGCUUUCACUUCGGGGAUUGACCCUCCCAUUCGCCCAAAACAACUGCGUCCGGUGACACAAACUUAUCCGUCGGAGUAUGGCCUCAGAUGCGACAACCCGGUUCGAUUUUCUAGUGAUUGGAGGUGGAUCUGGGGGUCUAGCCGGUGCACGCAGGGCAGCGGAGCUCGGGGCCACUGCCGCGGUGGUCGAGAGUCACAAACUCGGAGGUACCUGUGUCAAUGUCGGCUGUGUACCUAAGAAGGUUAUGUGGAAUGCUGCAGUUCAUGCAGAAUAUCUCCACGAUCACUCUGACUAUGGUUUUGACGGCGGACACGUUCGCUUCAGCUGGGAAACUAUUAAGACCAAAAGAGAUGCAUAUGUUAGUCGGCUUAAUCGCAUCUAUCGCGACAAUCUUGACAAGGCUAAAAUUCAAACGAUUCAGGGUCAUGCCAGGUUCAUUGACGGCCCUGACCCCACUGUUGAGGUGAAUGGGAAGAAGUACACCGCGCCUCAUAUCCUCAUUGCCACAGGAGGGUUCCCUUCUGUCUUGAGUGACGAUGAUGUGCCAGGGGCAAGUCUUGGCAUCACCAGUGAUGGCUUUUUUGAACUUGAAAGCCUUCCUAAGCGCAGCGUCAUAGUGGGGGCUGGAUAUAUUGCUGUGGAAAUGGCUGGCAUCCUUUCCACACUGGGUUCCAAAACAUCCAUCAUAUGUCGACAGACAGGGGUGUUGAGAAACUUCGACACCUUGAUAAGCUCAAAUUGCACCAAAGAAUUGCAGAACUCUGGCAUAGAGUUGUGGAAAAAUACUCAGGUGAAGUUGGUGAGUAAGACAGGCAAUGGCCUGUUGGAGGUCACACUGGUAACCAAAGACCCAGAGAAGAAGAACGAGGAGGAGAUAAUCGGCACCAUCCAGGAGGUGGACUGUCUGCUAUGGGCCAUCGGCCGAGAGCCCAACACCGCCGGCCUCAACCUCAGCCAGAUGGGUGUGGAUAUUGAUGAGAGAGGCUUCAUCGUUGUAGAUGAGUUCCAGAACACCACUCGCCAAGGGAUCUACGCUGUAGGAGACGUGUGCGGGAAGGCCCUCCUUACUCCUGUCGCCAUUGCAGCGGGCAGAAAGCUGGCACACAGACUGUUUGACGGCAAGGAAGAUGCCAAGGUCGACUUCUCCAACAUUCCCACGGUAGUUUUCAGUCACCCACCCAUCGGCACGGUGGGCCUCACGGAAGAGGAGGCGAUUAAAAACAGGGGGAAGGAGAACGUGAAGUCUUACAAGACCUCCUUCACCCCCAUGUAUCACGCCAUCACCACCAGGAAGACUCAGUGCAUCAUGAAGCUGGUGUGUGUGGGCAAGGAGGAGAAGGUGGUUGGCCUUCAUAUGCAGGGCAUUGGCUGUGACGAGAUGUUGCAAGGCUUCGCGGUAGCCAUCAAGAUGGGCGCAACUAAAGCAGACUUUGACAAGACUAUUGCCAUUCACCCCACCUCGUCCGAGGAGUUUGUUACGAUGCGUUAACAACGCAAACAUCUCGACGAUCCUUAAUUUCCGAUACAGCACCAGCGAGAAUCACUAUACCAGGAAACAAGUGGCUCAACCGUCUUCUUUUGCAAGGGCUUGGCAACUCAAUGUUCAAUAACAGCUCUCUACUUCCAUUUUCUUUCAUUUAAGUGACCUCUUUUGUGCACCUCGUAUGAAUAUUUUUGAAAAUGCCUAGAUGGACCAAGACAAUGAAGUUACUGCUUUCUUCAUCUGUACUGUGGGUGUUUAAGCAUUGCUUAUCAAUUUAUUAAACAUGCAAGAUUUUUCUCAUGACUGUGAAAUGGAAGUGGGGGAUCUUCUACAGGCAUUGUUGUCAAGUCAUUGCGUUGGGAGUAAGGAUAACUCUCUCCUAGUGUAUGUGAAACCCUGAUUGUCAGUCAUUGUUUUAGAACGCUGUAAACGCUGCCCCCAAUUACCACCACUACUAGGUCGCAAUUUCACUACUACUGUAUUGUAAUACACAUUGAAUAAACCUGCAGUUUUUUCUUAA